AGGGGGCUGCGCGCGGCUGGACGUUGGGCUUGGUCCAGCGGGCGCCAUGGCUGCCGAGGGGACAGCUGUGGCCGGAGGCGGGGCUGUUGGCGACCGGCUGGCCAAGGACAGCUUGCGGCAGUCUCAGUGCCCGGACGCGGCCCCGAACCGGCGGCGCGGCUCGUCGCUGUCCCGUGACGCCGAGCGCCGCGCCUACCAGUGCUGCCGGGAGUACUUGGGCGGGGCCUGGCGCCGGGCGCGGCCGGAGGAGCUGAGGGUGGACCCUGUGAGCGGGGGCCUCAGUAACCUGCUGUUCCGCUGCUCGCUGCCGGACCACCUGCCGAGCGUUGGCAAGGAGCCCCGGGAGGUGCUGCUGCGGCUGUACGGGGCCAUCCUGCAGGGCGUGGAUUCCUUGGUCCUCGAAAGUGUGAUGUUCGCCAUCCUGGCAGAGCGGUCGCUGGGGCCCCAGCUCUAUGGAGUCUUUCCAGAGGGCCGGCUGGAACAGUACAUCCCAAGCCGGCCACUGAAAACCUGUGAGCUUCGAGAGCCGGUGCUGUCCGCAGAAAUCGCCACGAAGAUGGCCCGGUUCCAUGGCAUGGAGAUGCCGUUCACUAAGGAGCCCCACUGGCUGUUUGGGACCAUGGAACGGUACCUGAAGCAGAUCCAGGACCUGCCCCCCACUGACCUCCCCCAGAUGAACCUACUGGAGAUGUACAGCCUGAAGGAUGAGAUGGGCAACCUCAGGAAAUUGCUCGACUCCACCCCAUCCCCAGUGGUCUUCUGCCACAAUGACGUCCAGGAAGGGAACAUCUUGUUGCUCUCAGAGCCAGAAAACACCGACAGACUCAUGCUGGUUGACUUCGAGUACAGUAGUUACAACUACAGGGGCUUUGACAUUGGGAACCAUUUCUGUGAGUGGGUUUAUGAUUAUACUCACGAGGAGUGGCCUUUCUACAAAGCGCAGCCCGCAGACUACCCCACCCGGGGGCAGCAGCUCCAUUUUAUUCGCCAUUACCUGGCAGAAGGCAAGAAAGGUGACACCAUCUCCCAGGAGGAGCAGAGAAAACUGGAAGAAGAUUUGCUGGUAGAGGCUAAUCGAUACGCUCUGGCAUCCCAUUUCUUUUGGGGUCUCUGGUCUAUCCUCCAGGCAUCUAUGUCCACCAUAGAAUUUGGUUACUUGGAGUAUGCCCAGUCUCGGUUCCAGUUCUACUUCCAGCAGAAAGGACAGCUGAGCAGCUUCCACCCCUCAUCCUGACUCUCCGGCCCCCAACUCCUCAGAUGGCUCCUGGAGCCUCCAGGGCAGGACCUUGGAGGGAGGGGCGCAGAGCAGGGCACCCUGCGGACUGGGCUGAGCCCUGGAGUGAGCCUGGGGUUGAGGGUCGUGGUGGGACAAUCCCGGGCUGUGCACCCUCAGAAUAAACAAGCUGCUUCCCUCACA